AUCUAGAGUAUCAAGAUGAAUGGAUGAAGAAAUUCCCACCAACAUAACCCCUUUCUCUUUACAAAAACAAAACAUAAACCUCAAAACUUUGCUCAAAACCUUAUCUAUCUAUUCCAUUGUCUGUCAUUUCAAUGGCAUCAUCUAUUAUCCCUCGUCACUACUGCUCCAACUUUGCCUCCACCCCCAUUUUGUUUCACUCCAAUACUCACUCUAAGCCUCUUAAUUACUCUUUUUCUCACACCAAUCUUGGACUAAAAACUCUCAAUACUCGUUGCUCUUACCAACCAUCACCAACCCAUCAUUCUCAAUUUCAUGAUAAACAUAAAGGGAAGACAUUUUGCUUCAAGCAAAGUGUGAUAUCUAUAGCACUUGCGGUCGGGUUAAUAACGGGAGUUCCUACGUUGGGAUGGCCUAACGAUGCGCAAGCAGCUAACUCUGCGUUAUCUGAUCUGUCUGUAUUGAUAUCUGGACCGCCGAUUAAGGACCCCGGGGCAUUGUUGAGAUAUGCUCUUCCUAUUGACAAUAAGGCGAUUAGAGAAGUGCAAAAACCGCUAGAAGAUAUUACAGAUAGUCUCAAGAUUUCUGGUGUCAAGGCACUUGACUCUGUCGAAAGAAAUGUGAGGCAAGCAUCUCGAACUCUGAAGCAAGGGAAGACUUUAAUUGUAUCGGGUUUAGCUGAAUCAAAGAAAGAACAUGGAAUUGAACUAAUUGAUAAGCUGGAAGCUGGUAUCGAUGAGUUUGAACUGAUACUACAAGAUAGGAAUCGAAGCUCUGUUGGACCAAAACAGAAAGAACUUCUUCAAUAUGUUGGAGGUAUUGAAGAAGACAUGGUUGAUGGAUUUCCAUACGAAUUGCCCGAGGAAUACCGAAACAUGCCUUUAUUGAAAGGGAGAGCAGCUGUAGAUAUGAAGAUCAAGAUUAAAGACAAUCCCAACGUCGAUGAGUGUGUUUUCCACAUAGUUCUCGAUGGUUAUAAUGCCCCCGUAACUGCAGGCAAUUUUGUCGACUUGGUAGAAAGACACUUCUAUGACGGCAUGGAGAUUCAAAGAGCGGACGGGUUUGUUGUCCAAACGGGUGACCCUGAAGGUCCUGCCGAGGGUUUUAUCGAUCCUAGUACCGAGAAAAUAAGGACUGUACCUUUAGAAAUUAUGGUAGAGGGAGAAAAGGCACCUGUCUAUGGAGAAACUCUAGAGGAGCUUGGUCUCUACAAGGCUCAAACAAAGCUUCCGUUUAAUGCAUUUGGGACAAUGGCAAUGGCAAGAGAGGAAUUUGAGGACAACUCUGGCUCUAGCCAAGUAUUUUGGCUAUUGAAAGAAAGUGAGUUAACUCCGAGCAAUGCCAAUAUAUUGGAUGGUAGAUAUGCUGUUUUUGGCUAUGUAACAGAAAAUGAAGAUUUCUUAGCAGAUCUUAAGGUUGGUGAUGUCAUAGAAUCUAUUCAAGUUGUUUCUGGUUUAGAUAAUUUGGUGAACCCAAGUUACAAGAUUGCUGGUUAAGGAAUCUUAAUGUUCUUCGGCUAUUAAGUACGCGGGGGCGCAAGUGGUCGAUUGACACUUGGUUCAACCUUAGAGGCUAUUGGAGAAGGUUGAUUAUUGUUACACUGUUACCAGAAUCUAGCAUUGAGUUAAACAGCUUGAGAUAUAUUCUGUUUUUUUUUCUAAGACUAAAUUGUAAACGGCUUGUAGCUUUUAUUCAAUCAAUUCAUCGAUGAAAUUAUGACUGUUUUUCUGAGGAAAUACAGUUUCUGA